AUGACUGAAUUCAAAUUCGUUCUAUCAUUAACACCAUCACUUGUAUGGCUUCAAAUUAUUUCUAGAACAUCGGGUGUCAAUGGUCAUUUGAAUGGUAAUCUUUGGGAAUAUCCAUUCAUGAAUACAUUACCACAAUUGAAAACCUGUCAAUUUCUUUUUUCUCAUUCCCAAUGUUGCGACGAUGACUUGCAAGGUCUCGAUGUAAUUGUUCAACAAUUUUCAACUCCAUUUUGGUUAACAGAAAAUAAAAUAAUUGUCAUAUGUGAUUAUAUUUUCACUCAAAAACUCAUCAAUAUCUAUACGACUUUCAUAUGCGUUCAAGACUUUAUAAAACCAUCGAUACCAACUAAACAAUAUCAGCCUUUGGAUUUCAUACUGAGAUUACAAUCACCAUUAACAAAUGUUGAAUAUCCUCCAAAGACUCGUUUAAUAUAUGGAACUAAUGAUAUUACUGAUUUACCGACACUUCGCCGUCUUGAUCUUGAAAAUAAUGCAAUUGAAGACGAUGGUAUACGAAUCUUGACAGAAGCUUUACAUGAUAAUAUAGUAAUUUGA